AUGGCCGCAGAAUCCCCCGACGUUCCCAAACCGCGGCUCGGCGUCCCGUCGCGGAACCCGCUGCCCUUGUCGGCUUCGCAGGAGUCGCAGGUCCGAGAUAUAUACUAUGCCCGGGUGCGCAAGGCAUGCGCCGAGGAAAUCAAAGCCUUCGCCAACUGCGCUCUCGGCCGAACGUUCAGCGUCACAUUCGCCUGCCGAGCCGAACACACCGCCAUGAACGCCUGCAUGAAGGCCAAGGCAACGCAAGAAGAACAAGACGCCGCGCGAGAGGAGUGGUUCGCGCUACGACUGGAGCGACAGCGGCAGCGCGAGAGGAAAGCCAAGAUGGCCGCGGCGCAAGAAGAGUUUAUGCGCGAGUGGUGGGGGCUGCCGGAGGAAGUCAGGUUGUCGAGGCACAAAGAGAUGGAGAAGAGGGGAGAAAAGCUGCCUCCUCUAAGACCCGAAGGCAGCGCCAAGUGA